AUGAGGCUAGAAGACCUGUUUGUUAGGCUGAGAGAUGAUCCGUCUGCAAUGUCUGAGAUAGAGAAGGAAGUUCAGAUGUGUAUAGGCUCUCCGGAUCUUACGCCUGCAAAGGAUCUCAUGAAUUCUGCGAUUCCGGAGAUCAAGUUCUAUGCUUUGAAGAUUGUCGAGGAGAGAAUCAGAGGCAAGAAGAUGGCAGGGAUUACUCCUGAGGAGGAGAUGAGCUUUAUGUCGGGUGUGGUCCAGGCCACCAACACCGACAAGGCAGCGCAGGUGUUUGCUUUACUUGGGAUCUAUGAGUGGCCCUCCAGCUUUCCUCAGUUUUUUUCCAUUAUCAUCGACCUUCUCUCGCACAGAAAAGAAGUGGGAUACAAGAUCCUUGAGAACUUUCUCUAUCUGUGCAACUACAGUCAGGAAAUCAAUGAGGAGAGAAAGGAUGAGCUAAAGAGAGGGUGCGCCGUCAUGUCCCAUGCAUACAUGCCUUUGUUUGAUGACUCUAUGGCGGAGUAUAUUAUCCCAAUACUGACAGAAUCUCUCAAGAUGAUGCCACGAACCUUUGAUUGCAGUAUAGUGCUAAGAAGAGGCAGUGAGUUUCCCGACAAAACCAUUGAGUUUCUAAAUGACGGAAUGGACAUGCUCGACAUAGAGAGUGUUAUUGAUCUUGCAUCCCGGAUGGACAUCUCGUAUGGGAUGAUUAUGUGCUUUAACAAUUUGAAGGAUAAGACUCCACAGGUGAGGAAUGUUAAGAAAAUGUAUGAGUAUGUCUUCAAGGGGCUUCGGAAGGACUUGAUUACCUUUUCUGCAUCCAUUGAGUUUUGGACAAAGCUCUUCAGCCGGGGAGGAAUGGAGGAGAUAGUUGGAGAGGUGCAGACGGAGGUGGUUUCGAUCUACCUUAGUAUUGAUGAAAGACAAAGGACAGAGAUAGAGGGGGAGGUGUUUGGAUUGUUCAAUGUCAUCUGCAGAAACUAUCCAGGUACUGUCAUUAACUUCAUCAGUGUCAAUGGAGAUUGCAUUGGAAGAAAGCUUGCCCUCUACUUCCUGAAGAAGCUUUUUGGGUCUUCUUCAUCAGGAAUUCCAAGCGACUUAACGUUCAGAGACCCUAUUCUGCGCUGUUCGUUAGCAAUUUAUAAGAAGGAUCCCUCUGCCGUGGAUCACAUCCAAUACUUCGACCUCAAUGAAAAAGAGUCCUGUAGGCUAGUUAUUAGGAUCCUUGAGAUGUUUCCUCUAUCAGCCCCCCAACUUGAACACAUACUAAGCAGAUGCAAUGUUUCUGACAAGACGUAUGCAAAUGAGGUCAUUGUCGAAUGCUUCACAAGACUCGGACGGGGGGAAGAGUUCACGGAGAAAUGGACACAUGACGAAAUCAUAAGGUUUUUCUUCUAUUUAAAGAAGCAGCCCGAGAAGUUCCGUCGGUUUUCAGGCACUUAUUACAGAACCUUUUUGGAGAGAGCUCCCUUUGAUAGAUGCUUUGCCAUUCUCAGAAUGCUGGGAGAUAUUCCAGAAGAAAUACUCCGAAAGAUUUAUUCUGAUAUAGAUUCCUACCCAGCUGCAGACGUUUCUUGCUUCAACAGAGACCUUCUGUGUUAUCUGGAGAAUCAGAGCCCUUUUAUUCAGAAAGAAAUCACCAGGCUUGUCAACGAAUGGAGGGUCUCAGAGGAUCCAGGAGAUCUUGUUGCAUGUGUGAAAUCGUUGGUACAUGUUAUUGCAAAUGCAUCGGGCCUUUCUGGAGAGCAGAAGUUCUGUCCGUACGUCAACGAACUGAUUGAGAUCCUUCAAAUAGAUGAGCCAACAGUUGUUAAAAAGGUGUCUGAGACGUUCAAUACCCAUUCCGGGCCCUUUGACACACACAGGGCCGUCUAUCUCUUCAUGGUAUCAUACAAUUCAGGGGCGCUUGAGAAUGCACAUUCCUCGAUCAUAUCGUCUCUCACUAUAUGCAUAAAGCAAGAGAACGGGCCAAAGGCCUUCAGUGAGACAUUAGGAAUAGAUCAGUCGUCAUGCAUAAACCUAAGAGAGGAUGUACUGAAAUCUCAGACAAGAAGAGCUCAAAGCCUUGUCAGGGCCUUUUUACAGUCUUAUAAAGGAAAGCCGCUUAAUUCUCUCUAUGCAAAUGACUUCAAGGUUAAAGGACAAAACUUCCUUGAGAAGAUCCCUUCAAGAAAGGAAGUCGAGUUUGAGAUAGAAAGAUCCUUUUUCGAAGAUGGAGUGCAAUAA